AAAAAUAUCAGACAAUCCAAUCAGUAUACAUUAUAUUUCUCACCCAAAGUUAAGUUUCAGUGAGACAUAGAGAUGAGCGGUGGAGAAGGCAAAGUGGUGUGUGUGACAGGGGCAUCUGGGUUCAUAGCUUCAUGGAUUGUUAAGCUCCUUUUGGAUCGUGGCUACUCUGUUCAUGCGACUGUCCGGUCUCUUGGUGAUCCAAAAAAGACAGAACAUUUGCUUGCUCUUGAUGGUGCAGAUGAACGGCUAUCUUUGUUUGAAGCUAACUUGACUGAAGAAGGAUCUUUCGAUUCUGCAAUUAAUGGCUGCAUAUGUGUCUUUCACGCCGCUUCUCCUGUUCAGUUUGUAGUUGAUGACCCACAGGCACAACUGAUAGAGCCUGCAGUGAAGGGAACACUUAAUGUUCUUAAAUCUGCCGCAAAAGUUCCUUCUCUCAAAAGAGUCGUCUUGACAUCUUCCAUGUCUGCAGUUACGAAUGGUUUAAAACUUCCUGGGUCUGGUGAUGUGGUGGACGAAACCUGGUUCUCAGAUCCAUUAUUCUGUGAACAAAAUAAGUUGUGGUAUCACCUUUCGAAGACGUUGGCUGAGAGUGCUGCUUUUAAGUUUUCAAAAGAAAACGAUUUGGAAUUAGUGGCUAUAAAUCCUGGAUUUGUGAUUGGUCCUCUCUUACAGCCAAUUCUCAAUCUUUCUUCUGAAUGGGUUAUGGGAUUGAUAAAAUCUGGAAAAGAAAUAACCUCUGAUGGAAUUUACAGAUUCGUUGAUGUGAGAGAUGUUGCUAAUGCACAUAUAUUAGGCUUUGAGAACCCGCAAGCUAAUGGUAGAUACUUAAUGGUUGGCAAUUUGGUUCACUCUUCAUUGAUCAUGAAGAUCCUACACAAACUAGACCCAACUCUUAUUCAUUCUGAUAGGUAUAAAAACAGCAAUUGUGUUGAGCCAUCUUUCAGUAUAUCAAGGGCAAAGGCGGAAAGUCUAGGUGUUGAGUUUACUCCAUUGGAGGUAACCAUCAAGGACACUGUUGAAAGCUUGAAGGAGAAGAACUUGUUAAGCUUGUAAAACACCAAAUGAUGUUCAGGACUUUGUCUGUGAUUAGUUGCCCAGUUUAAACUCUUGGUCCAUUUCUACUUGUCCCAUUUUGAUUAAUAAUUUUGGAGACCCUAGUUAACCAAAGUAUCAUUUAGUUGCCCAAAUUCAGGUGAAACAUACAAAGAAAAUUCGGUAUCUGUCAAUGAAUGAACAUGCUCAUCACCUACUAGAUAUGAACAAUCGAUUCAAGAUAUAA